AUGGUUCGAGCAUAUAGCAUCGGAAAGGAUUCUCUGGUCGGCAAGACUAUCAUUGUCACCGGAGGAAACUUUGGACUGGGAAGAUCAGCUGUAGAAUCCUUUGCGGUGGCCGGUGCCAAAGUCAUUAUCGCUUCUCGAUCACUAGAACGUGCUACAGCUGCAAAAGAUGAAAUUAUGGCAAUUGUUUCUCACACGAAUGGAAACGGCACGGUGGAAGUUAUGACUGUUGAUAUCUCCAACAUGGAAUCGGUCAAAGAGUUUGCGUCAGCAUUCUUAGCUAGAGACGAAAAGCUCGAUAUUCUCGUCAACAAUGCUGGUCUUGUCUCUAAAACCAAUACCAAGACGUCUGAAGGCUUUGAGUUACAUUUUGCUCUGGCACAAGGACACUUCCUCUUAACCCUGUUGUUACUUCCAGCACUGAAGAAGGCUCCCAAUGCUCGAGUAGUGACCAUUUCGUCUGUGGGACACGAGAAUGCCACUGGAAUUCCAUAUGAGAAGCUCUUUGGUGAUAAAGUCCCUAAAACACAAAGCACCACCGAAGCAUUCGGCAGCUACUGUGUCUCAAAGUUGGCCAACAUAUAUUACUCUCGCUGGAUUGGUCAACAGAUCAAAGGAUCUGGCAUUACCACAUAUGCUCUUCAUCCUGGAGCUGUCGCAACAGGUAUCUGGAAGGAAGUUCCUAGUGUAUUGAGGUGGAUGAUUAAACUCUUCAUGCUGACCGAGGAGCAAGGUGCUCGUACAAUCCUUUAUUGUGCUGUUGAUGAAAAAGCCGGCAAGGAGACUGGUCUCUAUUACGAAGACUGUUCCAUAAAGGCUACUUCAGCGUUAGGCUCUGACGAUACAAAGGCGGUUGAGCUUGUAGAAACCAGUGGGAAGUGGUUGAAUAUUGAUGUUAAAUCGUACUUUUAA